AUGCAAAGCGACAAUACAACUACACCUGAAUUGAGAGCACAAAUAUUUAUAACUUCACCUCCGACAAGUACACACGAUGCUCCACAACAUGACGAAACACGUAAUUUCUUGUGUGAUGAAUGUAACGAAUCAUUUAACAGCAUAAGUCAUUUAAAAAUGCAUAAACAGCAUAUGCAACUGUAUGAAGAAGAAGAUUUACUCCGUAAGUUAAAUUCACUAAUUUUGCCAAGUACAGAAGAUGAUCCACAACAUGACGAAACACGUAAUUUCUUGUGUGAUGAAUGUAACAAAUCAUUUAACAGCAUAAGUCAUUUACAAAUGCAUAANCAGCAUAUGCAUAUGUAUGAAGAAGAAGAUGUACUCCGUAAGAUAAAUUCACCUCCGACAAGUACACAAGAUGCUCCACAACAUGACGAAACACGUAAUUUAUUGUGUGAUGAAUGUAACGAAUCAUUUAACAGCAUAAGUCAUUUACAAAUGCAUAAACAGCAUAUGCAUAUGUAUGAAGAAGAGGAUGUACUCCGUAAGCAUAAAUCAUUUACAAAUGCACAAACAGCUUAUGCAUAUGUAUAA